AUAUCCAAACACAAACACACGUAAUUGGCUACGAUAAAACCCAUCAUUCAUUUGUUUCGGACCAAUUUGCAAUAUCUCAUAGUCACUAAGAAGAAUAUACAAAAUGGGCUUUGUUAGACCUGUUUGCAUGACAAUCCUCUUUCUUUUGAUUGUAUUCGUUCUUUCGGCGCCGUCCUCGGCCAUGGACCUUCCCGCCACAUCCGGUGGUCACAACCGGAGCAACGAGGAGGUUGAGUUUAUUUUCCAAAUGUGGAUGUCCAAGCACGGGAAGACUUAUACCAAUGCUCUCGGAGAGAAGGAACGGCGUUUUCAGAACUUCAAGGACAAUCUCCGUUUCAUCGACCAGCACAAUGCAAAGAACCUCUCUUACCAGCUUGGUUUGACUCGGUUUGCAGACCUAACCGUUCAAGAGUACCGAGACCUUUUCCCUGGAAGCCCUAAACCGAAACAAAGGAAUCUCAAAACCAGUCGUAGGUACGUGCCACUCGCCGGAGAUCAGCUCCCAGAGUCAGUUGACUGGAGGCAAGAAGGUGCAGUGUCGGAAAUUAAAGACCAAGGCACUUGCAACAGCUGCUGGGCGUUCUCCACAGUGGCAGCAGUAGAGGGAUUAAACAAGAUUGUGACAGGAGAGUUAAUCUCAUUGUCCGAGCAAGAAUUGGUCGACUGCAACCUAGUCAACAACGGUUGUUAUGGAUCAGGACUAAUGGACACAGCUUUCCAGUUCCUUAUCAAUAACAAUGGUCUUGAUUCCGAAAAAGAUUAUCCAUACCAGGGCACUCAAGGCUCCUGUAACCGCAAACAGUCUACCUCAAACAAGGUCAUCACGAUUGAUAGCUACGAGGAUGUGCCAGCGAAUGAUGAGAUUUCCUUACAAAAGGCGGUUGCUCACCAGCCCGUGAGUGUUGGCGUUGACAAAAAAUCCCAAGAAUUUAUGCUCUAUCGAUCGUGUAUAUAUAAUGGACCAUGCGGAACAAAUCUUGACCAUGCACUUGUUAUCGUCGGGUACGGUAGUGAGAACGGUCAGGACUAUUGGAUCGUGAGAAACUCAUGGGGAACGACUUGGGGAGAUGCUGGCUACAUUAAGAUUGCUCGUAACUUUGAAGAUCCAAAAGGUCUCUGUGGAAUUGCGAUGCUUGCUUCAUAUCCUAUUAAGAAUUCGGCUUCCAAUGCAUGAGAGUUAUCAUGUGUUUGUUUCAGUAUGUCUAAAGGAAUCUGCCCUAGUACUUUGAAAAGAGACUGUUAUGAGUGUCUGGAUUUUUAAGAUGUUUUAGGCUUUUAGCCAUGGUUGCUGACUCAAUAAAAUGUUUCUACGUUCG